AUGGGGAAUUCACAACAAGGAAAGGGCAAAGAGAAAGAGAACUAUGAAUCUUGGACCAUGGACGAUACCAAUGAGUUGUUGCACCUCUUGGUGGAUGCUAUCAAUAGUGGAUUGCGUGAUGCUAAUGGGUCACUUAGCAAUCAAAAUCGGUUUAAGAAGCAAUAUAACAAGAUGUCUAUGCUUAUGCGUAACAACUCUGGCUUUGGGUGGGACCCAAUUGCAAAGACGUUCACUGCUAAUGAUGAAGUAUGGAAAGAUUACUUGAAGAUUGUUGUUGGGGGUGGAACUGCUACUGGGAAUGGCUCCAUUGCAUUGGGCCCUGAUGAUACCGAUUCAACAACUUAUGGGGAAGAAAAUAGAGAUUUCGGGAUAGAAGACUUUUCAUAUGAUCCUAACAAUGAUGCGUUCAUAGCACCAAAUCACUAUGAACCAUCCUACAAGUCUCCAUCAUAA